CGGAAGUGAGGUGGCCACUCGGAGGAGCAAGCCAAAGAUAAACACGUAUCGGAGACUCAGGCGUCUUUGCGACUUGGGGUAUAUAAAUGUUAGUUAAAAGAGACAUGCGAAAUGCUUGAAGAAGGGAAAAGUAAUUGGUCGUAAUAUAGUUGAGGGACUUGAUACAUCUUGUAAUCAUAGUGAACGCCCCAAAUCAAAGCGUUGGAACAAGAUCAACAAGUUGAAUUCCGUGACAAAAACGACAUCGAGUCCCUGUAGAUACUGCCUACACCAUGGUGCGUGCAGGCCUGGUGACUGCCACCAGUCUGGCUCUGACUGGCGCUGUGAUUGCCCAUGCCUACUUUCUCAAACACCAGUUCUACCCCACUGUGGUCUACCUCACUAAGAGUAGCCCCAGUAUGGCAGUGUUGUACAUCCAGGCGUUUGUGUUGGUGUUCCUGUUGGGAAAGUUCAUGCGUAAAAUCUUCUUCGGACAGCUGAGAGCUGCGGAGAUGGAGCAUCUGAUAGAGCGAUCCUGGUAUGCUGUCACAGAGACGUGUCUGGCCUUUACCGUGUUCCGGGAUGACUUCUCUCCCCGCUUCGUAGGCCUCUUCACCCUGCUGCUCUUCAUCAAGUGCUUCCACUGGCUGGCUGAGGACAGGGUGGACUUUAUGGAGAGAAGUCCUAAUAUAUCCUGGGUCUUCCACUUCAGGGUGUUCUCUCUCAUGGUGUUGCUGGGAAUCCUGGACUUCCUGUUUGUUAACCAUGCCUGUCACAGUAUCAUCACCCGAGGGGCCUCUGUCCAACUAGUCUUUGGAUUUGAGUAUGCCAUCCUGAUGACAAUGGUGCUCACCACCUUCAUCAAGUACACCCUCCACACUGUUCACCUCCAGAGUGACAACCCCUGGGACAACAAAGCAGUCUACAUGCUCUACACCGAGCUCUUCACUGGUUUCAUCAAGGUCCUCCUGUACAUGGCGUUCAUGACCAUCAUGAUAAAGGUGCACACCUUCCCCCUAUUCGCCAUCCGGCCCAUGUACCUGGCUAUGAGGCAGUUCAAGAAAGCAGUAACAGAUGCCAUAAUGUCCCGGCGAGCCAUCCGCAACAUGAAUACACUUUACCCAGAUGCCACUCCUGAAGAUCUGCUGGCUUCAGACAACGUAUGUAUCAUCUGUCGUGAAGAGAUGGUGACUGGAGCCAAGAAACUUCCCUGCAACCAUAUCUUUCACUCUAGUUGCCUUCGCUCCUGGUUCCAGAGACAACAGACGUGUCCUACAUGUCGUAUGGAUGUCCUCCGGGCCUCUAACCCCAACCAGCCUCCCACCCCAGCGCCUGCCCAGCCUCCUGCCCCGGCAGCACCUGCCAACGCCCCUGUCCCUGGUCCACCUGGGAACGUUGGCCCUGGAAUGAUGCCCCACUUCCCCCCAGGGCUGUUUCCUUUCUGGGGCCCCUUCCCUGGAGCGGCCCCCCCUGCUGGUGCUCCCGGUGCCCCAGGGGCCACAGACGCCCCUGGGGCCACAGAGGCGGCUCAGACUCAGGGCGCUGGUACCAGUCAUUCCACAGGGGCCAGUACAGUCGGUGCUGCUCCUGCUCCAGGAGGCCCAAUGCCUGGGUUCCCCUUCCCCUCCUUCCCACCCCCACCGUUCCCCUCAGCUCCGUGGCUGACUAUGCCACCACCUCCACCGUUUGUGUCAUCCAUGCCCCCUCCUCCCCCGGCCCUGUCCACCAUGUCAGAGGCUGAGCUGAGGGAGCUGGAGCAGGAGGGCCGUAGAGGCCUGGAGGCCAGACUGCAGUGUCUCCACAACAUCCACACUCUACUGGACGCUGCCAUGCUCAACAUCCACCACUACCUCACUACCGUCGCCACGCUCACUCCUCCUCAGUCAGAAACCAGCAGCGCUGCUGGAGAGGCCAGCGGAUCAUCUCCUCCCUCCACUAGUGCAGAAACCCAGGAGAACCAGGAGAGUGACUCUCAGAGCUGUACAGCCGCUGAACCUGAAGCUGUGAACGGGGCCACAGGUUUCUCCCAGCCAGACUCUACCACGUUGGACAACAGUGAAGACAAGCGGGAUGAAGAGGAAGGAGAUGGAGAGGAAGUCGGCGAAGACGGAGAGCCCAACCCUUCAGAGCUGAGGCGCCGUCGUCUCCGCAAACUCGAGACCACACCCCCUCCUCCUGACCACUGAUACAUGCCUACUGAUGCAUUCUGGGAACUGACUUAUCAAUCAAUACAUUAUUGAUUACCAAUCAAUAAUAAGAGAUGUAUUUUAUUUUUCUCUUUUUCCCCUCCUGGCUCUGCGUUUUGUGCUGUUUAAACUCAGACAGCCAAGAGAGAGGAAGAAGGAACAACCGUUUUGUUGUUGGAACAUAUUAAAAGCAAGAUUAUUUUAUUUUUCAACUGCCUGACAUCUUAUGAUCCAUAUGCAGGUGUUUUGUUUCACCACUCUUCACCCAAUACUGAGGAGUGAUAUUCAAACACACAGACCGAACUUCUUCAAAUAGAGACCUGACCGGAGACCGAACUUCUUCAAAUACAGACCUGACCGGAGACCGAACUUCUUCAAAUACAGACCUGACCGGAGACCGGACUUCUUCAAAUAGAGACCUGACCGGAGACCGGAAUUCUUCAAAUACAGACCUGACCGGAGACCGGAAUUCUUCAAAUACAGACCUGACCGGAGACCGGAAUUCUUCAAAUACAGACCUGACCGGAGACCGGAAUUCUUCAAAUACAGACCUGACCGGAGACCGGAAUUCUUCAAAUACAGACCUGACCGGAGACCGGAAUUCUUCAAAUACAGACCUGACCGGAGACCGGAAUUCUUCAAAUACAGACCUGACCGGAGACCGGAAUUCUUCAAAUACAGACCUGACCGGAGACCGGAAUUCUUCAAAUACAGACCUGACCGGAGACCGGAAUUCUUCAAAUACAGACCUGACCGGAGACCGGAAUUCUUCAAAUACAGACCUGACCGGAGACCGGAAUUCUUCAAAUACAGACCUGACCGGAGACCGGAAUUCUUCAAAUACAGACCUGACCGGAGACCGGAAUUCUUCAAAUACAGACCUGACCGGAGACCGGACUUCUUCAAAUACAGACCUGACCGGAGACCGGAAUUCUUCAAAUACAGACCUGACCGGAGACCGGAAUUCUUCAAAUACAGACCUGACCGGAGACCGGAAUUCUUCAAAUACAGACCUGACCGGAGACCGGAAUUCUUCAAAUACAGACCUGACCGGAGACCGGAAUUCUUCAAAUACAGACCUGACCGGAGACCGGAAUUCUUCAAAUACAGACCUGACCUGAGACCGGAAUUCUUCAAAUACAGACCUGACCUGAGACCGGAAUUCUUCAAAUACAGACCUGGCCUGAGAGCUGAUUUCUUGGUCAGUGACAGCAAAGUGGACAAGUGUUUUAAAUCUCAGGUCACUGCUACUUCUCCUUCUACCGUGGAGUCAAUCCAACUGUGAGAGGUUGCUUUUUCUUCGUCUCUGUAAAAUGUAUCCCCCUUAUUGUCCUGCUUGUCAGACUGUGUUACAUGGAGGCCUGACCCUUUUUGAGUUAAAGCAAUGUCUGAAAUGGGCCCCCUAUUCCCUAUGUAGUGCAUAGGUCUCUGGUUGAAAGUAGUGCACUAUCUAGGGAAUAGGGUGUAGCCAUAGCGUCCUGAGUGAUGAGAUUAUACUUUCUGUUUUUGUAAUUUCUGAUUUCUCAAGAUUUUGCUGCGGGCGGGGUUAUUCUAACUUAAUAGGAAAGUGGGUUGAUUUAACCUGUACAUAGUGUAAAGUUUUACUAUGAUCUGUACAUACUGCAGAAUAAACCAAUGAAAUGUU